GCAACAGCAGCAGCAGCAAGCACAACAGUCACAGCAGCAGAUAUUAGUCCAGAGCACAACCCCAUCCAAGAAAUUGUCACUGUCUCAGUAUAGACAAAGGAGGUCUCAUGAUCUCAGCAGAGAACUGCAGCAACAGCCACAACCACAACCACAACCACAACCACAGCCACAGCAGCAACAACAGCCACAACAGCAGCAGCAGCAACAACAACAGCAACCACUACAAGCACAGAAACUACAGGUUCAGCAGGGAACCACAAAUGACGAAGUGAGAAUACCUCUGUCAACAAAUAACACCCUUAAUGAGCAAUACUAUUAUGUGCAACGGGCAGAUGGUAGUAGGAUAUUAGCAGUUGUGUCUUUAAAUCAGGGAGCUUCAAAUACCACAGCACAACAGUCUAAUACAAGUACUGUCACAACAAUGGCAGGUUCACAAACGCCGCACAUGAGUUCAGCCACAGUCGGUGCCAACUCUGUGUCUAAGGCUAAGCCUGAGGAAGGACUGAUUCUUAAUAGCAGUACUGUAGCAAAGUCUACAAGUCUGCAAGUAGCUCCAACAAAUUCUUCCAGAGUCGUUUCCCCCAGCAACCCUCCAGUGUCCAUAGCUGCGAAAACCCCUCCUCUCCAGGAACAAACUGUCCACUCCACUGUUUCAACUGAGCAGACAGAUGCAGAAGGGAAUGGAAAACGGCGGUUUAUCAAGGGCCGGGUGGCAGUGUGUAGCAAUUGUGGCAUCCUGAGUGAAGACCUCCUAACGUGCCAAAGGUGUAAUCACAGGACAGACACAGCGCGCACCCUGGCGCAGUCGACCAUCACCACCUCGGGGAAGAGCUCAACAGCAGACUCGACAGUGGUGGGAGGAAGGGGUGUUGGCUUCUCAAACAUGCAUAUAAUGAAGCAGGACUUCUAUGGAAAGACAGGGGGUGGCGUCAGGAAGGGGGUGGAGAAGAAGCCUGCACCUGUUCUCAACCAGAAGGCCAAGGGGCGCGGCAGAGGGCGUGGCAAGACCUACGAGGAGCCAGUUAUCCUGACUCUGUCUUCGGAUGAGGAGGAAGACGACAAGCGGCUCCCGGGUGCGGCUGGUGUGGCAGGGAACGGGGUUUUCUCUAACCUGGAAGUGAGUCACCCCAAGGGACCCCCCGAACCCAUCAGCCACAAGGAACCCAUCAUUACCCUCAAGGAUGAUGUACCAAAGGAAGAUUCUAGUGGAGGAGUCACAGGUGGAGGGUUGCCAGAUCUUUCAAGUCUUGAUGAUGGUACCAUAAAGGGUUCAUUUACGUCUAUACAGUGUAGAAGCAUCCGCAUUGGGUCAUACAAGGUCAUGCCUAAAGAGAGGGUAGUGAUUGCCUCUCAAGGUCUUCGCUUAAAGCUUCCCACAGUUAUUGAAGAUUCCAGUGAACCAGUAUCAUUUGACAUUCCAAUUAAAAGUAUUGUGAAAAUCCUGGUUCAUUUUGGGAGAUCGUUACCUGUUCUCUUUAUAUAUGUGAGGCCUUCCACUGCUGCCAAUAUCAGAAGAAUACUAAAAAUGUCAGACAGAAAUGGAUUUUACUUUGAUCCUUGCAGUUAUGACGAGUCACAGAAGCGCAUCACAAUCCUCCCGGACAAGAUGUCUGAGGAGACCAAGUCACUGGUGAAGGAGAUCCUGAGUGCUUCAAACCCCAAGCCUAAUGGUGGGCUUGGAACAAGCACGACUUCGGUGGACAUUGGGGCUAACCUGUACGAGGAGCUUGACCAGAAAGAGGCCAAUGAGAUCCUGGUCAGGUCCUCACCCAUGGAGGUACAGAGCUUGAUAAAGAAGACGCCUGUCGCAUCCGGUGCUAACGAAACCAAGACAUUGCUCAUCUACCCACCACCACCGCAGAAGGGGGGAAUAUCUAUCACAACAGAUGACUACUGCUGCCUAGAGGAAGAACAGUUUCUCAAUGAUGUUAUCAUUGAUUUCUAUCUCAAAUGGCUACUACAAAGCAAACUGCCGGAGAUUCACCGCAGCCACACACAUGUCUUCUCAACUUUCUUCUACAAACGGCUAACCUCAAAACCUAAGAGGGGCCGAAGACCCCAUACCACAGAGGAUGAUCCCAAGCUCUCCCCAGCAGAGAAACGACAUGCAAGGGUCAAGUCCUGGACGAAAAAUGUUGAUAUCUUUGAAAAGGAUUUCAUCAUCAUUCCUAUAAAUGAACAUGCCCAUUGGUUUCUGGCAAUAAUAUGCUUCCCUGGCUUAGAUUCCCCAAUAAGAAUCUGUGAUGGCCAGCCUGUUGCACGGCCAAUAUCUGAGAAACCCAAGCGACGUAGAUCUACCAGGCCCAAAAACAGAAUUGAGCAGAUCCCCAUCAUUGAUGAUGGAGAGUGGAGUGACAGGGAUGAGGCUGAGGGAGAAGAGGAUGAACUUGAGGAGGAAGAGGAAGAGGAGGAUGUUCCAGCCACCAAGAAGAACAAACUGGAAGCGGGCAAGGCUGAAGAGGCACAGGGGCCCAAGGAAGCAGCCACCCCACCACCUGCUAUUAAGCAGCCCUGCAUCCUAAUAUUUGACUCCCUGACUGGUGCCAACCGUUCACGCAUCGUGGCCACCUUGAGGGACUACCUGGCUGUGGAGCACAAGAUCAGGAGGGGCAGUGAGAAGCUCUUCAACAGAGACACAAUGAAGGGUGCCUGUCCUCGCGUCCCCCAGCAAAUGAACUACUCUGACUGUGGAAUUUAUACGCUACAAUUUGCUGAGAGUUUUUUUGAGCACCCGCUCAAAGACUACACUUUCCCAAUCCGCUCUCUCACUGAGUGGUUCCCCCACGAGGUGGUCAGGGGGAAACGGGAAGCCAUGGCAAAGCUGAUUCGCAACCUCAUGGAGCAACACAACCCCAACCACAGCUCCAUCACCCUUCCAGACAUUUACUUCAGCUCUGACGACAAGAAGGACAAAGGAGGGACAAGCACGGCCCAUGCCAGUGACGCCUCCCAGCCACAGAAAGAGGUGUCAGGUCAGGGAAAACCGGGUGACAGCAAGACCCCAGAGGUGCAGCUGAAGAAGGAGCAAGAGAGGGUCAUCAUUAAGGAUGGCGUUUUAACCCAGGUUGAAGGAUCGGGAAGAGAACAGAAUCACAGGAUGGAUAUGUCCAGCAGUGCUGAAGUAGUCACUUCUCUCCCAAACAAUGACAACACAGCCUGCAUCAAGGUGAACAGAGUGACACCCUCAAAGAUAACACCCACGAAAUCCCCUACUGUCAAUCCAGCCAUGUCCAAAUCCUCCUCCAGUUACACGCCAGUGAAAACGUUACCAAAUUCUAGUAAUAUAAUUACAAGCCAAGUGAACUCUGUGAAAUUUCAAGGCACAACUUACUCACAAGCAAAAGCUAUACCAUCAUCAAGAGUAGGUGAUGCGACAAUUGUACAUGAAACACAAUCUCCUCAGGUGAACAAUGUGAGAAGACAGAUGGUGUACUCUAGUGAUGAUGCCAUUUUCCCAGUCAAAGUUGAUCAAAAAAAAGUUCCUAUGAGAGAAAACAAUGCAGCACAGCUCAGCGAAACACACCAGGGCACAGAGGUCAGUGUAAGUAAGAUGUCAGCUCUCACUUUGCUUCAGUCAGUAUACAGUGAUGAUGAAAGUGUAAUAAGCAACAAGGUGAUGGGGGUCCAGUAUGAUGGCAGCAACUGUUUGAAUCAGAUGAAGUCUGGCCCCAGUGUAGUGCAAGGUAAUGAAAAAGUGGCUCUGCCAGAAAUGAACGGUGCACUGGAACAGGUGGCAAGGGAGAAAACUCAGACGUCGGUGCAGAAUGUGUCCAAGAAAAUAGAGUCAGUGAUGACAGGCAGCCUUGGUGUGGACAAAGUGGGGAACCCGGUGAAGGCAGUCGAGUCCUCUGGCCAGACAGCCAUCAUUGAUGAGGACACGGCUGAGGUGCUACUCAUCAUGCCUGCCAAGAACCAGACAUCCGGCCAGAUUCCUCGGACUGCCAAGAAGCAACUAGAGAAUUCUUCACCAGAAGACGACAGCAUCAUGAUAGAAGAAGGCCCAGGUUUUGGGGGAUAUGUGACAGCUGACCGUCGGCCCAUGAAGAACAGCUUAUCGUCUGGAAUGCCAAAGAUGGGUGCUGUGGGAGGGGCCAUGAGCGUGGUGACAUAAGACGCAGUGGUGGUGUAUUUGGCACUUCACCACCACACUCUGGGUCUUCCUCUCCCACACAUGCUGGAGGCACUGGCACUCCUGCUGUGUUUAGGUUCAGUGAGCGUGGCACAUCUUCAGGCAGGACUAUUGCUCCUCCCAAGCGUUAUCUUGAUGAGGAUGAGGAGUUAUAUCCAAAAAAACGACGUGAUAAAACAGUACAAGGCAAAGCGCGUAGUAUUGUUAGAUAAAUUCUAGGCGUGUUUGCAGAAACUAGUGAAUAUUACAAGUUUUUAGAAUGAAUUGUGAUGGUGAGCUCCCAGUUCGUACUGGAAGAAUGUCUUGAUUAUCAAAAAUAUAUAUUAUUUUUUCAGGAGAACAAAAAAAAAAAAAAAAAAUGUAAAUAUUCCUGAUUAGUGUUUUUUUCUCUCCUUUUUUUUUUUUUUUUUUUUUUUAGUAUAAGCCUUCUGUUUGAGGUGUGAAUACUCUUAUUAUUGACAGGGGUACAUUGAGAAAAGUCCUCUUUUAACUUACCAGUAAAAAGGGAAAAUUACAAGUAAUUUAAGAUAAAUAAAUUACCCAUACAGUUUACAUAUUUUAAAUCUGCUAUGUUAGCAGUGUAUAUAUAUAUUUAUAUAUAUGUAUAUACAUGUCUGUCAACAUAUCCACUGUGAAUUGCUUGUGUAAGUAGGCCAGUGAUAAAAACCGGUAUGUCGGGUUCAACAUGCAAAUAAGCUUUUUAUCAGCUGAGUAAGGGAGUUUGAAAUGGAAAAAGUUCUCAGGAAGGUGUGUGACAAAACUAACCACAAGCGUUUUUUGAUUGUUAGAAGGAACUGUUAUAUAUAUAUAUGCAUUAAAGUCUCUCCUCGCGUACAAAUUUUAGUUGUAUAAUCUUGGGGGUUUUGGUCAUUGCACUUACAGCCCUUUGUUUUACUCUCCCUGUCGAAGCGGGCACUUUUCAAGCUUUUGAAGCCUACCAAAAUGAAAUGAAAUCAAGAACAUUUUUAACAAAACCAGUGCAAGAUACAGGUACGUUUUAUUUCCCAUGGAAAGGUGCUGCUGAGAUAUGUUAUACAAUUUAUGGUAUGUAGCUCUUGAGUUGUGGUUGGAAAUGCCUGUAAUGAAUCUUUAUUUAUAGAGUUUGCAUUCUUCGGUUCUUCCUGUCUCUUAGGCCUUUUGGACUCUUUCAUUUAUACGUCACUGAUACAUUAGAGAGCUUUCUUGAUAUGAACCAUGACAUUUCAAUUUAAUUGAGAUUUGAAGUUUGUCAGGAAAUUUUUAUCUGUAUGGCCAAAA